UGCUAAACUGCUGAGCUGCGGACAGAAAUGUUAGUAAAAGUGAAAAACGGGAAUUCAAAGAGCUUGUAGAGGAGCGCUGUGACACAGAACAAGAGUGGGUGAGGGAGAGAAGACUGAAACAGAGUUAAGGCAGUUGGAUGAGGAGGAAGUGGCAGGGGUGAGCACAUGGGUGUGGCCGGGCAGCAGCUGCCUCACCACUUUUUCAAAAGUGACAGAUGAAGACAGCCUGCGUGGAUGAGAAGGCUUUUGGAUGCGACCUGGAACACAAAUGACUCACAGGAUGGACUCUAAGGUCUUCAUGGCCUAUUUACUAUUGUUCCUGCUCGUCACGUUAAAAGUGUCGUGGGCUCAAACCAGUGUUCCAGUAACUCAAAAUACCCCUGUGCUCAACACUACUGCUCUCCCUUCUACAGUUCCCACGGGAAGCAGCGUCACCAGAGAAGCUAACUCCACCCAGGAAACUACGCUUGCUAAACAAACCACAAACCAACAAACGCUCACCAGCAACUCAGUCAAGAACGCCACUUCAGAAGCAACCCCAACAGCGACGUUGACUUCAUCUCCAAAAACCACCACCCGGGGUGUUCCUCAUGGUACCUAUGAUCCAAAGUACGAUAAAGAUUUUGAGUAUGAUUACGAGUCCCUGCGAACUGCUGGGCUGAUUGUUGCUGCAGUGCUUUUCGUAAUGGGAAUUUUAACGAUUAGUUGUGGAAAGAUGUGUAGACUCCCCAAGUGUCGCAAGAGGUCCUCAAAGUCAUAUCGUGUUGUCCAAGGAUAAGAAGAUGAGUGACAGUUGGAAAGAAAGAUGAGGAAAAAAAAAAACACCUGGCAGGAUGGUUUUGUAUGUGGACAGAUAGAUUGACACACUUCCUGGUAAAAGUCAUGGGAAAAACAAUGAAGAAACACAAUUACUGUUGUGAGGUUGAAUCAUCACUCUUCAUGCAGUUUUCUUCUGGAUUGUAAAACUGCUCUGAAGACUAAGCUAUCAGAGGAAGUAAUGGGAGGUUGAUUCAUAUUUUGUUCACAUUGUCAGCCAUGAAGCAAGGAUGAUUCAAAUGACCUUUGUAUCUUGCUGUUGGCAGUGUUUCACAUAGGAUUAUCAUUAAAGGUUACGAGAUAUAACCUCA